AUGCUUGGAAGCACACCCUUUAUAUUUAACACAAAAGUCCAAACGCGUGCCUCGCUCCUCACGACCCGGGACCGCUGGGGCGACAAGACCUACCUCGGGAUCGACUACUACUUCCUGGGCUACUUCGCGGAGAUCGUCGGCAAGCUCGACGUCGUCGCGGCGCGGUACGAGGCCGCGGAGCGGAAGGGCGACCCAGCCCUCCGACGCAGGCACGCGGAGCGGGAACACCUGCGGUACGCGGCGGCGCGGAACGCCGCCUUCAGGGCCGUUGUCCCGGGCCCCGACGGCGGCGGGCAGUCCGGCUGGCGCCGCCCGUUCGUCGCGCACUGCACCGGGUGCAACCCUUGCGGCAGCAAGCGGAACGCGAUCUACACGAGGGAGAUCUGUGAGGACGGGAUGCGCCGCGAGCUCGGGUUCGCCGACGACCAGGUGCUCCGCGCGUACGGCUUCCACCACGCCACACCACUCAACGACAGCGUGCGCUCGCCGCCGUUCAACUACCCCGCCGCGCGCGCGCAACCGUUGACGGCGAGCGGCGAGAUGGAACUAGCUGCGGAUUUGUACGCGAAAGUAUAA